AUUUUAGUCUUGAUUUUUUAUUCCAAAAAGAUUUUAAUGAAAUAUCAUGACAAUAUCCAGGAUUGCGACUCUAAUUUUAUAUCGAUGGCGAGUGCGAUUUUUUCGACAGUAUGAAGAUCGGUUCGAGUUUUGAGAUCAGGGGUAUAUGGGAAGUUUAUGAGGAGGGAUUUAGGGGGUUUGUGGUUCUACGGAGGAGAUCAGAUCGAAACCAUGGGGGGAAAGGGGUUUUUGGAUUUAAAAGUUUUGGAUUGGAUUGGAUUUUCCAGAUUGGAAAGAAGUUUGGUGUAUACGAAGAGGGUUUUCCUCGAUGGAUGGUAAUGGAGUUAUGGAGAUGGGAUCGAAAGGUCAAUCAAUGGUAUCAGGGUCCAGACAAGGAAGGUGAAGCUACUGUUAUUAUUCAAAGGGACCUGUAUAAUUGCUCAAGGGUCAGUGGCUGGUCAAGUCUGGUGGUAAGAAGGUUCAGGCCCCAAGCUUGGGCUUGAAGAUUUCGAUCCCAAAGUUCGAUAACUCCAAUCUCAUUGCGGAGUACUCAAAAACGGUGAUCGGGCGGUGUAUGAACCCAUCCAAGCAGGUGAUGAAGGCGUUGCUGUACCACCUCCCGAAGAUCUGGAAUGUGGAUGAGAGAGUGGCGGGAGCAGACUUGGGAAUGGGGCGUUUCCAGUUCGAUUUUGAUCAAGAGGAAGAUAUUGUGGAGGUGAUGAAAAACGAGCCUUUCCACUUUGAUAAUUGGAUGCUGUCUAUUGUCCGGUGGGAGCCGGUGGUGGAGGAGAACUAUCCAUCUAAAAUAACAUUCUGGGUACGUAUCAUGGGUGUACCUCUCCACUUUUGGGCUGCACCAACUUUCAAAAGUAUAGGGGAGGCCUUGGGAGUGGUUAGGGGAGAUGAAGAUGUUGACAUUGAUGAAGGAAAGGUUAGGGUAAUCAUUGAUGCUUUCAAGCCUCUGGUCUUCUCAGUCACGGCAGAGUUCCAUAGUGGUGAAGAAUCUAUCAUAGCUUUGCGAUAUGAGAAGCUACAUGGGCUUUGUCGAAUCUGCUCAAGCUUGAGGCAUGAUCAGACUAAAUGUCCAACGGUGAUGAAGAGUACAGAGGAGGAGAAGGCGGCACAGCCACCAAGGACAGAUCAGAAUCAGGACCCAUCCAUGUUAAGUUACAAGGGUGCAGUUGAAUCGCAAGGAAGAGUGUCUGGUGGGGCUGUUGAUGGUAACAACCGGAGAAAUGGUCAACAAGUUCCGCGAAACAAUGAGUAUAAAGGAAAAGGCAUUGCAUAUGAUAACAACAGCUAUGAUGGUUUCAAAAAGCCGGGCUUCAAGAGGUCUUAUGGAGAUCAAGAUGGGGCCCAGUCAAGGAAUAUGAGGCAGAGUGGGCGUCUUUCCCACACAGAGGCGCCAGCGGGAUAUGCUAUGGCUACUAGUGGUUUAAGUAAGCUUGACUCUCAAGAUGUGGGACAACACUUAGACCAUCAACAAAAUCUUAUGAUGGAUGCUUUUCGAAGUGGAAAGAGUGGUGAGAGGAACCAGUCUUCAGUUUCCAAGGCUCGUAAAGCUCUCACCUUUGAAGGAAACUCAUCGGGUAUGGCUUUGAAGGGGUUGGAAGGAGAGGAUGAUGCGAUCAUGGAAGAGGCUGAGACUAAGGGACUUGAGAAGACAACCCUUAUCCCUGACCCCCUUGAGGCGGCUGUUGUGGAGGCUAAAAUGGUUGGUGGUGACAUGGAACGUGAGGGAAAGGAGGAAGGGGAGAAGGAGGGCUUGAUUGAGGAGGUGGAGACUGAGGGGGUGGUGCUGGAGCUUACCGAGGAUGUGGCCUCUACUGAAGGAGUAGAAGAGGGGGGCGCUGAUCAGUUAGGAGACGUCAUCCCCACUGAAGAAGAUUUCGACGUGGAGGAAGAGAAUCAAUUGAUGGAGACAGAAUCUCAGGAGGUUAGAAUGGUUAAUGAGGGCAAAGAAUGUCCGGUUAAUAGGAAGAAGCUUGGGAAAACAAGUGGUGCUGUGAUGGAAGGCACGCUUAAGAAGCGACUGGUGCAGAGUAUCGUCUCUCCAAGGAAGAAACACACGGCUAAGCAGGGUAGUAAGAUGGGGGAGAAGGGCGCAUUACCCCCAAAGAAGGCUUCGGUUAAGCCAGAUCCUGAUCAGGAUUAAAGAGUUAUCAAGUUUUCUAAUAUUUAAUGAAUAAGUGUUGGGAAAGAUCUAGUUUUUUCUCUGGUUUUCGGUUUGAUUUUGCUUUCAAUUUUUGUUAUGAGUUUCCUCUGAGGUUUUCAGGGUGUUGGAAUAAUAUAUUUGGAUUUUUUUCUUUGGUA